AUGACUACUGAAGAAAUUAAGUUACAUCCAUUAAAUCAAAAAUGGUCUUUCUUCUCAAUUGCUAUCAGAGACAGGUAUUACGAUGAAAUGCUCUGCAAUAUUCCUAUCGAAAACGUUGAAGAUUUAUGGGAAAUUGUUAGAAAACUCCCAACACUUGAUAAAAUUUCAGGAUAUAAUAUAGCAUUUUUCAAAGAUCCAUUUAAGCCUCAUUAUGAUGAUAUUAAUACAAGAAUUUUCACGAUCAGACUUGAUAAUCGUGACCCAGAACUAUUUUACAAGUUAAUUGCAUUUUCUGUUGGUGGAGAAUUCGAUCAUAAAGUUGGAGAAGGUUUUAGAGGACUUUACAUCAUUGUUAAAGAUCGCACUAAGAUUAGCUACGCAUUUUGGUUUGAUCCAGCCAAAGUUGAAGAUGGAAAUAAGGUCAAGCAAUGCAUAUACGACGAAAUCGGAUUACAAAUGGAUAUUGAUAUUGAUAAAUUGAUAGACAAGAGCUACAUGACUCAAAAUAAAUAG